AUGACCAGUCUGCUAGCCGAGUGGUCUAAGGCGCUGCAGUCAUGGAGUGUGCAGUCUCAGGUGCUGAAGUCAUGGAGUGAGUGGUCUAAGGCGCUGCAGUCAUGGAGUGUGCAGUCUCAGGUACUGCAGUCAUGGAGUGAGUGGUCUAAGGCGCUGCAGUCAUCGAGUGUGCGGUCUCAGGUGCUGCAGUCAUGGAGUGAGUGGUCUAAGGCGCUGCAGUCAUGGAGUGUGCGGUCUCAGGUGCUGCAGUCAUGGAGUGAGUGGUCUAAGGCGCUGCAGUCAUGGAGUGUGCGGUCUCAGGUGCUGCAGUCAUGGAGUGAGUGGUCUAAGGCGCUGCAGUCAUGGAGUGUGCGGUCUCAGGUGCUGCAGUCAUGGAGUGAGUGGUCUAAGGCGCUGCAGUCAUGGAGUGUGCGGUCUCAGGUGCUGCAGUCAUGGAGUGAGUGGUCUAAGGCGCUGCAGUCAUGGAGUGUGCGGUCUCAGGUGCUGCAGUCAUGGAGUGAGUGGUCUAAGGCGCUGCAGUCGUGGAGUGUGCGGUCUCAGGUGCUGCAGUCAUGGAGUGAGUGGUCUAAGGCGCUGCAGUCAUGGAGUGUGCGGUCUCAGGUGCUGCAGUCAUGGAGUGAGUGGUCUAAGGCGCUGCAGUCAUGGAGUGUGCGGUCUCAGGUGCUGCAGUCAUGGAGUGUGCGGUCUCAGGUGCUGCAGUCAUGGAGUGAGUGGUCUAAGGCGCUGCAGUCAUGGAGUGAGUGGUCUAAGGCGAUGCAGUCAUGGAGUGUGCGGUCUCAGGUGCUGCAGUCAUGGAGUGAGUGGUCUAAGGCGCUGCAGUCAUGGAGUGUGCGGUCUCAGGUGCUGCAGUCAUGGAGUGAGUGGUCUAAGGCGAUGCAGUCAUGGAGUGUGCGGUCUCAGGUGCUGCAGUCAUGGAGUGAGUGGUCUAAGGCGCUGCGGUCAUGGAGUGUGCGGUCUCAGGUGCUGCAGUCAUGGGGUGAGUGGUCUAAGGCGCUGCAGUCAUGGAGUGUGCGGUCUCAGGGGCUCCGGAAUCAGCCGACAAGUCAGCAGGCGACGAACUGCGCGUGUAGCCAGCAGGUGCGGCCCAGAGCAGAGCGGCUGGCCGGGCUAUUCCUGGAAGCAGCGGCGUGCGGCUUUGGAACGGCGAGUGAAGCCCCCUGUCAAGAGGUGAGCGCUGCGUCGCCCACACCUUUCAAGUGA